AUGGCUUUCAGCCCAGAAGUUCUCAGCUUGGCAAGCCUCGUGGGCUUGCAGGCAGCCCAUCGACGCCCACUCCGAAGCAAACUCACCACGGGGCGCAGCCACAACAAAGGACGUGCCAAUCUGGUGUUGAGUUACGCGAGGCAAGGCCCUGGCAUGAUCAUCACCUUUUUUACCGAUUCCGUCGACUGGCGCACCAAGACCCCAGGACUCGUUGACGAUUUGGGCCCUGACCCCGAGAUUCUACGCCGAUCGCAGCUCAUCGACGAUACAGACGAGGACGACCAGGUUCAGGCCCAGCACCGUCUUUCCCCUGAGCCGUGAAGUGGGGAAUCGACUUUCAUUCCAUGCGGAGACACGACCACCAGUCAAUACCCUAACCCUUGGUCCCUGUGCUGGUUUCUUGGGGAAACUGCCCUUGUUGAUCUCUCGAC